AUGUCUAGCCCUAUAACCGUGAACAUAAUCUCCGACGACGAGACAACCCCACUUCAAUUUCAAUCCAAGAAGCAAAGAACUAAUUUUGAUUCAAACCCUACAACAGUUUUCAUCAUCGAUGACGACCCAAGUCCUCUCAAACCCUCGCCAAGUCCUUGCACUACUUCCACGCCUUCAGUUGUACCUGAGACGCCGUCAGUUGUACCUGAGACGCCGUCAGUUGUAUCCGAGACGCCCAUGGUUGAAUCCUUGAAAUCAUAUAUACCAAUUGUCAGAUGCAACAACACUGUGUCGGAUCCCCAACUCAGAUUUUCUUCAUCGCCCAAUCCUGAGCCCUCUGGAUUGAUAUGUUUGGAAUCUGACGAGGAGUGUGAAGGUUUUGGGAGCUUCCCUGAAACACUAAAAGAGCCAAGAUCAGUUAUUCUAGACGUGGAAAACAAUUUGGGUGUGCCUUCUGCAUGUUCAAAAUCAAUAACGUUACAGGACAGCUCUUGUUUCCCAUCUAUAGUAGAAGAUGAUCUACCCCAGGUUUCCAAUCAUUCUGGAGAAGAGGAUGAUAUUCUGCAUCCGACAAGUAAAACCGUUGGACAGAAAGGUAAAACUAAGGAUAAUGCAAAUAAGAAAAGGAGUGCUGGUGAGCUGAUAAGAAGGACAAGAAAUACAAAGGAAGAGAAGGCUCGUUUGAUGGAUGAAAAGAAGCAACAAAAGGAGCAAGAGAAGUUACAGAAAGUAGCUCUAAAGCAACAAGCUGCAGAGAUGAAGAAGCUGCAGAAAGAAAUUCAAAGUUGGGAGAAAGGAAAGCUUGCUCAACAAUCUAUUAUGGCACAAAUUGACACUAAAGUAGUAGAACAGGGGUCAGUUGGAGGACAACUGCUUACAAACUUGGCCGAAAAAGGUAUAACGUUUCAAAUCACUUCAAAUCCUGUUGAAAGGUCGAUAAUUUGGACGAUGUCUGUUCCAGAAAAUGUCGCACAGGCCUUGUCUCGUGGAAUGGAAAUCUCAUAUGUAUUGCUUAUUUUUGAGGCAGAGGAGUUCUGCCGCCUUGUCACAGAGGAGUCUUUUUUGGAUCAUGUCUCUCGUGUUCAAUCCGUCUAUCCAUCUCAUACAGUUUGCUAUCUCACAUAUAGGCUUAUGGCCUACAUCAACAAGAGGGAGCAAGAACAUUACAAGAACCCUGGAAAUCAUAGUGGGUGGAGGCGUCCACCAGUGGAAAAGCUGCUGGCAAAAUUAACUACACAUUUUGUUGGAGUACAUUCAAGAUUAUGCAUGGACGAAGCUGAAUUAGCAGAACAUGUCGUAGGUCUAACAUGCAGCCUCGCCUCUUGCCAAUUUAGAAAGAAGCUUACCCGACUAUCUAUCAAUGCUAAUGGUUCCCUUAUUCCCAAAGAUGCUGACAGGGCUCUAAUAAAAAAGAGCACUUGGUUAAAAGCUUUAAUAGCCAUCCCAAAGGUACAACCACGAUUUGCUAUAGCAAUAUGGAAGAAGUAUAAGACAAUGAAGUCACUCUUGUGUGUCUACAUGGAUCCAAGUAAAUCGGAACAUGAAAAAGAGUUUUUGCUUGCGAAUUUGAUAACGGAAGGAUUGGUUGGAGAUAACAGAAGAUUGGGAGAGGUUUGUUCCAAGAGAGUUUACAGGAUAUUAAUGGCAGAAUCAGGAAGCAUCAAAACCGAUGAUGUCGAGAAUGGUGCUGAUUUCUUCACCCGUCAGUCGUCAUGAAAAUCUAUGCUUUAGCCAAAUGAAUGAUGUACUCCGUUAGGAGUAAUCUUGGCUUUGUGAUGUUGCUGGUUCAACCUCUUGUUGCUUAGCAAUGAUUUUGGUUUUUUUUAGUUCAAAAUUCAUAGAUGCACAAAAAGUUUAAAACCCGAAGCCUGGGUCCAGGUCGAGGUCGGGCGUAAAAGCUUGAUCAGGCCAUGUUUUUCCAAAAGCCUCGAAAAGUCUGGUUAACAAAAAACCAAAUACAAAAAAUGGCUUACUAGAAACAGGGUUGAAGGGGCUUGUGCAUCAUUACUAUAGAUUCAAUAGUUGCACAAAGAGAUGGUUAGAACCAGUGGGCUGCUUAGGAUGGGACCUUGGACUCGUUGAGCCUUGGUAGGAUGGCACGAAGGUCCUGCGUUUGGGGCUUUUGUUUUUCGUGGUUUUUAUGGAUGUUUUCAAGAAAAGGUCGUUGAU